AAACCCAUCUCUUCUUCUUCAUCCAUUAACCUUUUCUUUCUUCUCUCUUUCUCUCUCACACACAGGCAGAAGAAGAGAUGACGAUAAACAACAGCACUCCAAAUCCAAUAACACUCACUGAGGCGAAUUCAAGAGGCUACAAUCUCAGCGGCAAGAUCAUGCUAACCGCCAUUAUCCUCCUCUUCUUUCUCGUUCUCCUCAUGCUCUCUCUCCACCUUUACGCUCGCUGGUACCUUACCCGCGCCCGCCGCCGCCACCACCUCCGCCGCAACCUUCGCCGCCGCCGCACCAACAUCGUCUUUUACAUCGAUACUCCCACUCUCUCCGCUUCCCACGGCCUUGACCCCGCCCUCCUUGACUCUAUUCCCAUCUUCACCUACCACCCGCCAAAUCCGCCGGAAUGCGCCGUCUGCUUAUCGGAGUUCGAACCGGGAGAAACUGGUCGGAUCUUGCCAAAAUGCAACCACGUGUUUCACACCGAUUGCAUAGACAUGUGGUUCCAUUCUCAUACCACGUGUCCGCUGUGCAGAGCUCCUGUGGAGCAUCAACCCGAAGCGGAAACCCGACCCGAAGAAGUUGUUAUAACGGUUUGCGAAAGCGAAACCGGUUCGAGUUCCGGGAUCUGUCCGCAAGAAGUCAACCGGAGUGGAACUGGAACCGGAAGGGAGAGGAGGAAGCUUUCUCCGGUGACGGUGGAGCUUCCGGCGAGGACUAGCGAGGGUUUUAGUGACGAGUCAGGUGGUCACGAGUCGCCGCAGCUGUCAUCGUCGUCGUCGUUUCGUUCUCCGAUGAGUCGAAUGCUUUCGUUCAAAAGAAUCCUCAGCAGGGAACGGAAAGGGAGCGUGUCUCCAGGCGGCAGUGGAAGUUGUAGCACCGCGGCUGAGGUGGGGGACGCAGAGCGAGGUGGUGAAAAAGAGGAGACUCUGAGAUAGGCGAGUUCGUGACUCGGAAUGUGAUGGCGCGGCGAUUGAGCGCGUGGAAUCACGUUCUCUUUGAGGCGGUGUGUGGCGCGUGAAUUUUGGUGGGAUGGAAAAAUCGGGGGAGGUAGUUUGUCUCGCCUUUUUUUUUUUUUUAUCCGAGGAAAUGACAGAGAAUGUUUGAAUCUUGAAUACUAACAGAUAGGGAUAUUACACAAUUUGUUUAUAUUUUUAAUUAUUUUCAUGUAAAUACCCACUCCAUUACCUUUAUGGCUCUAUUAGCAACAUUUUAUAUUGAAAACUAAACGUUAUUCUCA